AUUGAAUUAAAUUAGAAAUAAUAUAUGAAAGUAGCCCUCUUUAUUACUUUAGGAGAAUUUAAUUACACCAACCAACCAACCAAACAGAACAAAUCCAUCAUAGCUCACCGACUUUCUUCUAGCAGCUUCAGAAAUUGCAGCAGGACAGUCGAGAAGGGGGCAAAAUAAUAAAAGCCCAAAAAGGAAAAAGAAAAGAACCAAAUGAAGGGGGAAAAGGAAAAUGGAGUGUUUUUUUUUUUUUUUGUGUGUGUGUAAGAAAAUGGAGUAUUUCUGAAGCUCACUGCUUUGCUGAUUUUGAGGCAAACGCUCCAGAGAGAGAUGGAAGUCUAGAGAGAAGGAGGAAAGGUUAAGAAAGGGAGAGGGUGUACUGUGCAAGUUUCAAUACACAAACACGCAACUAUAGAGACGGAGAGAGUCAGAGGCAAAGAGGGGAAGCUCCUCCUUUGUCUUUUGUUUCCUUUUUACUGCAUUUGAGGGCUCCAUAUCUCUUCUCCCCUUUUCUCCAAAACCCAUCACCAAACACUUCUGUUUUCGUUCAUCAGUAGGGAAGAAAGAAAAGUUAGGUGGGUGUGAGGGCGAUUGAUUGAUUUGCCCCUUCUUUUUUGCUCUAGGAUUCUGCUCUCAUUUGUUAACCCAUUUUUGUGCUUUUAGGUCUGGUAGGUGUUUGAUGCAUUGUCUCGCAGAAGAAUCUUUGAUGUUUGUGUUGUUUCAUUAGGGUAUUUUCAUUUUGCGGGGAGGUGUUAUUGGUUCAUCUAUUUCUACUUCUCGGUUUCUGGGUCUUGCAUUUUGUGAGAUUCACCUAAUCUGGGUAAUGUUAGCUUUACCAUUUUGAGUGAGUGUCGGUAGUCUAGAACAGAUUGAAGCUUCAGAGCUAUUGUAGCUUCCCCCUCCUAUUUUCCCAGUCGAUAAAGCUUGUACCUUUAUUGUUCUUCGGGGUUCUUUCAAGUUCCCUGCUUUUCAGUUCCUAUCUUUUUCAUCUAAGAGCUCCGAUCAUGUUUACUUGCUUUUUCUUUUAACAAGGCAGCCUGUUGCUUGAUAUUAUUGAUCUGGGUUAAAGGCUGUUUCUAACUGAGAAUCCGAUGGUUUUGUGUUUCAGAGAAUAAAGGAGGUUUUGGGUGUUUCUCCUUUGAGGUAAUGUUGAGGAAAAGAACAAGGUCAGUCCACAAAGAUCAACCUCAAAUGGGUCUGCUUAGAGUACCUGAUUCUGGCUCUGAAUCCUAUUGCCGGUCUGAAAGCCACAAGACAAGUUCUUUGUUCAGUGUCCCUAGACUGUUUGUUGGAUUUACCCCUAAGGGAUUGUCUGAUUGUGACUCUGUGAAGAGCCCAACAUCACCUUUAGAUUUCAAGCUGCUUCCAACUGUAGGAGCAAAUCCACCUUUUAGCUCCCCAAGGUCACCCCAUCAGAAGAGCUGGGACCGUAGUAGACUCGGCCUAAGCAUUGUAGAUACCCUUGAUGAUUAUCUUAUCAAUACCUCUGGCAAAGUUCCUCGUCCAUCUGAGAGUAGGAACAUUCUUUUUGGCCCAGGGGUGAGAAGUAAGGCAUCAAACACUAAUAGUCAUACAGAUAGUCCUGUUGAGGCAGCCAAGUCACUUCCAAGAAAUUUUGCUAUAGUUCCUCGUAAUAGCCACACCAAAUCUCCCCUUCAUAAGGGCAGCUCUGAUGUUCUUUUCGAAAUUGGAGUAGCCAUAGAUGAUCCUGAACCACCCUUUGCAGGAGUCAGGUCUUAUUCAUUGGAUUCUUGCAGAUCUUCUUAUCCAAACCUGUCGAUGAAUGGCCAGAAGUUGAAACCCAGUUCUGGAGUUUCUCGUUUGUCUAAUUUAACUACUGCCCAACUGAAUCCUCCUCCUGUAAUCAUUGGAGCGAGCUCGAGUGUGAACUCUAGUUCUGCAAUUAGCACUCUCUCAGCCAGUGAGAUUGAGCUCUCAGAGGAUUAUACAUGUGUUAUUUCACAUGGCCCCAACCCAAAGAAGACUCAUAUCUAUGGUGACUGUGUUUUAGAAUGUCACUUGGAUGACUUGAGCAAUUUUGGCAACAAUGGAAGGAAGGAAUUUGGAUUGCCCUCCUGGGAUGCUAAGCACAGCAAUAAUCCAGCUUCAUUCUCCUCUGAUCACUUUUUGAGUUUCUGUCACUAUUGCAACAAGGAGCUGGAAGAGGGGAAGGAUAUCUAUAUUUACAGAGGCGAGAAGGCCUUUUGCAGUUUAAGUUGUCGCUCACACGAGAUGAUGAUUGAUGGAGAGUUCGAGGAAGAGAACGACAUUGAUGAUACUCACGGUGAGGUAUUGGAGAAAACCAUGAAUAAAUCAUUGGGGGAUUUUCUUAAGCUGGAAGAAGGCAAUGAGCAUGAACUUAGUGAAUCGAGCAUUCUUUAUGCUCCAUAACCAUAAGAGAGUUGCCAUUAACUAAUAAUUAUUAUCAUAGAUAAUAGCAACCGUCAUGGCCAUGAUUGAUGAAUUACUCAACAAAGGUAGACACCCUUGAUCUUCAAAGAGCUGUAUGUUUUUUUGUGCAUCUAUUAGCAGCCAUGGGUGAUCAUUUUGUACAUGGUUCCCUUUGUCGGGUCAUGGUUCGUCAAUCAUGUUCUCGGGCUAUGUGACUAGAUUUUUGUUUUUCCCCAUUUUCCAUGGACAAACCAAGACUUGAGUUUGUCUCUUUUACCUCAAGUUGUAGCCGAUUUUAGUGGCUACACGAGUUUAUCUAUCCACUUAUAUUUUGAUGAGGACUUUAUAGCAGUUGCAAUUUCUUGUAUAAGCCUCCAAAGUCCUUUUUCUUUUUGACUAAUGUAUUACUCAUCAUCCAUGUGUUGAAUUCCUUGGGAGUUUUGGAAUGUUUGAGACUUUGAUUUGUUAGUCAACAAUGUGGGUUGAGAAUGUGUAAUCCACUCUAUAUAACAUGUAUAAUCAAUUUGCUUUCAUUUCCCACAUCCAAUGCGAUGUGAUGUGGCUUGUUGGCAUAUGGUAACCUAGUUCGAUAAAUCAAUGACUUAACA